GCGUGCGUGCUCGUGUAUGUCGGUGUGUGUGUGUAUGUACAGGCCCGUAUCUUGGUAUGUCGGCGAGUGUUUGGUGAUCCGGGUUGAAAACACGGUGAACAGCAGAAGAAAGCUUUCUUUUUCUCUUCUCCAGUUGCUAACAGCUGGUCGCUAACAACAAGUGUCUGUGUGCGACGACAUAAUGCAGAUAUGAAUGCAAGUACAACAGAAGGUUAAAAAGAAUUUAGGAUUUGCCAGGUAUUUAACGACUCUGCAAAACCGAAGUAAUUGAGUGAGAUUCGAACACAAACGAUAUUAUUAAUGCCACAUUUUGUCUGAACCCUAAUUGGUUUGCUGCAGUAAAAGUUUGUUUUCUCCAAUUCCUCGGCAACUUGAAAUGAUUUCGUUUAAAAAAGCGGCCACAGAUUAAAAACAUUGAACAAUUAUUCUAAGCACAUGGAAAAAUAUAAGACAAUGAAUAUCAAAGCUUCAAAUGAGUGUGAACUAUGUAAGGUAUUUGGUACAAGGUCAAAGCACAUUUUAUCAUCUUUUAUAAGCAAAAAUAAAAAACCAGUUAUACUUACUUCAACUGGAGAAGUUAAACCUUUAUCUUUUACAAAAAAGAAAAAAUUACCCAGAUAUAAAGUUUUUCUGAAAAAGUUGUCUGAAACCUCUGAAAGUAAUGCCCCGAGCAGUAAAGAAGAGUUGGGGGAGAACACAGAGAAGACACAACAAGAUUAUCAAUCAAAUAUUACACAAGUAAAAAGUACUGCUAAGUCUUUGAUUGAAGCAGCAGAAAAAUUAUGUAUGCCAAAGGGAUUAAAAUCUCCAGCUAAAACAGGAUAUACUGCAACUCCUCAUCAAAGUAUUCCUAGAUCUCCAGGAUUAGUAAAGCUAAAGGAUACUUGGCAAUUUUCAGAUCCUGAUAUUCAAAAUGCAGAUAAUCAAGAUGCUUUAAAUCAGAAAGACAAAUCAUCUGACCUAUUCCCUAAGUUGGAUUCGUUAAAGACUAAUGAUCAAGAAGGAAGCAUGACUAUUCACCAACAAAUAUUAAAGACAAUAUCAACUCCUAUCUCUGUGACCAAGGAAGACAUUCUCAAUUUGAAAGAUGCAUUUGUGAAAGUAACGCCAAAAAUACCUGAGAAGGAGGAGAAAGUUUCUGCAUCAUUGGAAAAGAGUGAACCACAGGCAUUGAAGAAAAUGAAAGAAGAAAUAGCUUUAAAGUCAACAAAAAUAAAGCAAUUCUGUAAGAUUACCCACCAUAAUUUUUGUGGGGCAACCAAUGAAUUUCAAAUUCCAUCUCCUUUUACAAAAGCCACCUGGAAAUAUCAUACACCAAGCAAAUACCAAACACAUUUUCCUAUCAAGUCAUGCAGAGAAAGUAUAACAACAAACCGUUUGCCAGAUGAUGAUGAUGGCCAAACUACAUUCACUGCCAACAUAAUGAUGGAUUGUGAUUUCAAAAAGGAUUUAAAUGAACUGGAGUCUAAUGCUGAAAAGCUACUUUCUGAGCUUCAGAUCACAAUUGAAGGAAACGAAGUCCCAACAAUGCUCAAUGAUGACCUGUAUUUCUGGACAUUAUCACCACCGAAACUUAAUAUAACUGCAAAGCAUGUUAAGAGAUUAAUGUUUCCUCUCUACCAACAAUCACAAGCUUCAGAUGUUUUACAUUAUAGAAAAAUUGAUCAAUCGCAGCAGUUUACUCCAACUUUUAGCCACGUAUCACCAAAAGAGGGCCACAAGGAAGGGCAGAAUGUUGUAGAAAGCAUUACAUCUGGUCUUUCAGUUGGUGGAAGCUCAUCUCAAUUAGUAAUGUCAGAAAGUCUUGCAGAUAAGGAAACUGUUGCUGAAGAAUCAACAACUCUGGUUAAAUCCACAGACAAGGUUCCAUCAGCUGUCCAGGAAGCAAGUGGGCAUGAAGGAGCUGGUGUGUGCCCUUCAGCAUCCUACCUUGCAACUCCGGGGCAGCCAUCAAGUGCUGCAAGAGGAUCCUUAUCUGCAGAUAAUAUCUUCAGAACUUUGAGGAUGUCAACAGAUGAACGUGGGAAGUUUCUUUCUCCUGAUGAUGUUUAUUCUGUAGAAAGUUCUUUCACUGAGAGAGCUCCAUGUCGGAAGAGAAAGGUAUUACAAGGAUUCAAUUUAAAACCUUAUAAUUCUUUUGUUUUUUUUUUGUGUUGUUGCCACAGACUGCAUCCUGCAGCAGUUGAAAGUGAACCUUCCUACUUUGAUAUUGAAACAUUUGCAAAGCAAAGAGGCAAACCAUCUGAUUUAGAUAUUGAUGUGUGGAUCAAAGAAAUCUGGAAUACCUGGAGCAGUGAAAUAUCUCCAGGCUUUAAAACAGAACUUCUGAACAGGACAGAUAUCUAUGAAGAAAUCAAGUUAAACCAUUUGUUGCAGUGUACAUUUAGCCCUAAAAUUGCAUCUGAUAUUUCUUUUGAUGAUUUCCUUAAAUCAGCCAUCAGCAUUGAGUUUAACAUAACUGAUUACCAGACACUAAUGGAGGAAAUUGAAUAUCUCAGUAAAAAGAUCCUUCAUUGUGUCCCACCUUCUACAGACGAUGUUUAUAAACGAGGAAUCCUUUAUUUAAAGACCGGAGACUUUGAAGCAUCUCUUGAAGAUCUUAACUGGGUCAUCAAAGAAGAUCCCGGGUAUAUGAAAGCAUAUUGGCAUCGCCAUUUGAUCUAUAUUUAUAAAGGCUCGUAUUUACCUGCGUUGGAUGAUCUAAAAGUUAUUGCAGAAGAAAGAAUAUCCUAUGAAUUAUACAUGGCUUUGGGUUUAGUUUAUGCUAAACUAGAGGAACCAGCAAACUCAAUUCAUAAUUUCUCCAAUGCUAUCCAAUGUAACCCUGCUGAUGACCUGGCUUACCUUUAUAGAGCUCAACUCUACCAAAUGGGGGGAUACAUUCAAGCAGCAAUAAGUGAUUAUCAGAAUGUUAUUGAUCUUCAUCCUCUUAAUUCUGUAAUUAUCUUGAAACAUGCUACACUUUCAAUGAAGAUUAGAAAGUGGAAUCUGGCACUGGCAGAUUUUGAUAAGUUAAUAGAAAUAUCUUUGAACGGUAAUUAUAUUUUACAACGAGCUAAAAUUUAUAUAGAAUUAAAGAAGUUUCAAUUGGCUCUAAAAGAUUUAUGUGAUGCCAUCCAUCUGGAUCCAAAUUCCUGGGAAGCCUAUUAUCUCCGUGGUUACCUACUGAAAAGGCACAAUAUAAAGCAAGCUGUUUCAGAUUUUAGUUUAAGUUUAUUUCUGAAUGAUAAGCAAGAAAACAUGACCUCUUAUUAUCAAAGAGGUCAGCUCUAUAUGAAACUUGAACUCAUUCAUCAAGCCAUCAGUGAUUUCCUGUGUAUUCUUCAAUUUCAACCAAACCAUGUAAAUUCUCUGCUCACUUUGGGACAUAUUUAUUCAAGAUACAUCCAAAAUUAUAAGAAAGCUUUAAUGUAUUACACACAUGUAAUAAACUUGGAACCGACAUCUAUUAGAGGUUAUUUCUCCCGUGCUCAGGUUUAUCAAAAACUUGAACAGUACUCUGAUGCCUUGAAAGAUCUCAUCAUUGUAAUUCAUAUUCAGCCCAAUAACUAUAGAGGCUACCUUCAUUUGGGUUACAUAAAUUUAAAGCUGGGCAACUUUGCCUUGUCACAUGCUUUCCUUAGUUUGGCUGCUGAAAGAAGUUCUGAAACUGGCAUUGGUUUAACUUCGGAAAUGUCAAUGGUUCAUUUAUUUCUCGGAAAUAUUUCUACUAAACCAGAAAAGAAAAUCUGGCCAGAAGGAGCUGAUGAUCUGUUUUAUGAUAUCGGACGAGUCCAUAUGAAACUGGAGGAGUACGAGGAGGCAUUCAAUGCUUUUAAUCAAGCUCUCAAGAUAAACCGAUGUCAUAAAGAUGCUAUUUAUUAUCGAGGAAUUGUGAAAAUCCACUUGAAUAUGUGUGAUUUUAUCCGUGAUUUUAAUAAAUCUCUUGCAUCUAACCGUCGCAAUGCUCAGGUUUUCCUAAGUAGAGCCUGUUAUUUUGGUAUGCUAAAGAACUAUCCAAAAGCAAUAUUAAAUUGCAAUGAAGCCCUUGCAAUAGAACCUCAAAAUAUUAAAGGAUUACUCUACAGGGGAGCUUUAAAGUAUUUCAUAGGAGCAUAUAAAUUUGCCAUCAUUGACCUGACAGAAGCCAUCAAAAUACAUAAUCAUGUAGCUGUAACUUAUCUUAAUCGAGCAAUCUGCUAUGCAGCUUAUGGGAAAAAGACCAAGGCUUUACGGGAUUAUGCUAUUGCAUUGCUUAUUGGAGGAAAAAUGGAUUACAAAGUUUAUGUGAACCGAGGACUUUUGUAUUAUUCAUUGAAUGAUAUUUCAAAUGCUUUCAAUGAUUUUAAAAGUGCCAUAAAGAUUUAUGGCGGAGAUCACAGAGUCUUCCAUAUUUUAGGACUGAUUUUGCACAGACUGGAGAGGUUAGAUGUGGCUCUAAAGGUGUUUACUCGGUCGAUUAUUCUUCAACCAACGUUUCAAGAAGCCUUUAUCAGUCGAGCUAACAUCUACAUGGAUUAUCUAACUGAUGAAAACAACCAAUUGGCCAAGUGUGAUUACCAACGUGCCAUCAAACUAAAUCCAACCAAUUGUUUAGCCUAUGUGUCUUUAGGCAUUUUUCUACAAGUGGAACGUAACUUCCAAUUAGCUUGGCAUCAAUUUACCAAUGCUAUAUUAAUUAAUCCAUGUUAUCAACCAGCUUAUGAAGCUCGAGCAAUCUUAAAUUUACAAAUGGGUAGCAAAUACCCAGCUUUUCAAGACCUCACUCUUGCCCUACAGAUCUCUCCCACUGCAGAGUUAUUUAACAAUCGAGGUGUUGUUAAUCAGAUGAUGAAUUCUCUUGUGGCAGCUCUGCACGACUAUUACAAAGCCAUAGAAACUGAUCGCACCUUUGCUUUGGCUUAUUUCAAUGCUGGAACUUUACAUUUACAAGGAAGAUUUUUCAAACAGGCUUUGGUAUAUCUUAACAGAGCUAUUAUGCUUGACAAACAGAAUGAAUGUGCAUAUAUAAACCGUGCAAUCACCAAAGUCAUGCUGAAUGAUAAAGAAGGUGCUUUUGAAGACUUUGAUAGUGCCAUCCAGCUUUGUCCCUAUUACACACAUGUCUUCUAUAACCGAGGUUCAUUCUAUAUGUCUCUAGAAAUGUAUGAAAUGGCUGAAAAGGACUUUACUUCAGGUAGAGAUUACUUUCCAUAUUUACUUGAUAUCUAAAUAUUAAUCUAAUUU